GCACACUCAUUGCCUCCUUGCUCUGCAAGGCACCAAGUGCUGCUCUGACUGCUGGAGGUUCCUCUGCUUUGGGCAGCUGCAUAGCCACAGAGGCUGGGGUUGGUGGAUCUGCUCUUCGCUCCCAAUGCCAUGGAUUGGUUUGCCUAUGAGGACAGCAGGUGCUUUGGUAAGAAAGAUGAGGAAGCGCUUUGUGGUGACUGGGGUCCUGACUGCAGUCCUGCUGGGGCUCAUCUUGUUCCUGGCACUCUUCUUUGGGCUGCGCUCGGACUCAGAGGAUGCACACAUCUAUAAAAGGGCAGCUGUGGCUACGGAUGCAGGACCGUGCUCAGUAAUUGGAAGGGACAUCCUUCAGCAAGGUGGAUCUGCUGUGGAUAGUGCGAUUGCAGCACUGCUCUGUGUAGGACUCAUGAACGCUCACAGCAUGGGCAUUGGAGGAGGGCUCUUCUUUACCAUCUAUAACAGUGCAGGAAAUGUGGAAAUCAUUAAUGCGAGAGAGGUGGCUCCUAAAAGAGCAACAGAAGACAUGUUUGGGAACAACACACAGAUCUCUCAGAAAGGAGGACUGUCCAUUGCUGUUCCAGGAGAAAUCCGUGGCUAUGAACUGGCACACCAACGUCAUGGCAAACUGCCUUGGAGAGACUUAUUUCUGCCCAGCGUCAAGUUGGCAAGAGAAGGAUUUCCUAUUGGGAAAGGCCUUGCAUCAGCCAUGAAAUCUAAACAACAGUCAAUUGAAAGCAAUCCUUUACUGUGUGAAGUGUUCUGCAAAGAUGGGAAAAUCCUGCAGGAGGGCGAUAUUGUCAAGAUGCCUAAACUAGCCAACACGUACCAGACUAUAGCUGAUGAAGGAGCAGAUGCCUUUUACACAGGAAGCCUGGCAGAUCAGAUCAUCGCUGACAUCCAGAGUGUAGGGGGCAUUAUCACAAUGGAAGACAUGCGGGACUAUAAAGCAACAGUAGAAGACCCUAUUGAGGUCAAGCUUGGAGACUACACCCUAUACACACCUAAUGCCCCCCUGAGCGGCCCGGUGUUAGCCCUCAUUUUCAACAUACUGAAAGGAUAUAAUUUCUCUGCUGACAGCAUCAAAACUGUGGAGGAGAAAGGUCUGACUUACCACCGCAUCGCGGAGGCCUUUCGCUUUGCCUACGCCAAGAGGACUUUGCUGGGAGAUCCAAAGUUUGUCAACGUUACAGAGGCAAUCAGAAACAUGACGUCCGAGUUCUUUGCGGAUAGUCUCCGAAGGAAAAUCACAGACAACACCUCCCAUCCAAUUGAAUACUACGAGCCAGAAUAUUACACUGCAGAUAGUGCCGGCACAUCCCACCUCUCCAUUGUGGCUGAUGAUGGCAGUGCUGUGUCCGCCACCAGCACCAUCAACCAAUACUUUGGCUCUGAUGUAGUAUCCAGUGUGAAUGGAAUCAUAUAUAAUGAUGAGAUGGAUGACUUCAGCUCACCUCACAUUAUCAAUGGAUUUGGGAUCCCUCCUUCUCCAGCAAAUUUCAUAGAACCAGGUAAACAGCCACUGUCCUCCAUGUGCCCUUCCAUUUUGGUGGAUAAAACAAAAAAGAUCAGGAUGGUGGUUGGUGCUUCUGGAGGAGCAAAAAUAACCACAGCAACAGCACUGGCAGUCAUCAAUUCCGUCUGGUUUGGUUAUGAUGUGAAGAAAGCAGUGGAAGAGCCCAGAAUUCACGAUCAGCUGUUUCCUGAUGUCACAGAGCUUGAGGAGCAAAUAGAGGAGGGUGUAGAAGAACAACUACGGAUGAGAAAACACAACACCACACGGGGGGGCAGCGGCAUUUCGGUUGUGCAAGCCGUUCUCAGAACAGAUGAUGGAUGGGCUGCAGCCUCUGAUUCCCGGAAAGGUGGCAUCCCUGCAGGCUACUGACCCAGCUCAGCUCUUCUUCAUCAGGGCACUAGUGACACUGAGGUGUGUCUGGGAGAAAGAUCCUUUAGGUCUGCAAUGCAGGGACUUUAACAGGAAAGGGAGCAAAUUUGCCUGUGGUUCUAUUGACAGAACUGGGACUUCGCUUCUCAACAAUCACAACUGAAGUGCCUUGUGCCACAGCAGUGUGCUGAAACAAACCAGGAUGCGACCUACUUGGAAAGUCUUCUGCCUUGAAGAGUUUGAUUCCUGCUUCCUCUCCGUCCCAGAAGUGUUUCAGCUAGGAGGAAUGUCCCUGUCACAGCUAAAGAAGAGAUUUCUUCUGAUUUGUGUAGACAGGAGUUGCAGGACCCCGAGGACAAACUGACAGACCCGUGCCAUAGGAGGGAGCUUGGCUCAAACUGGGAUAAGCCUUCACAAACUCACCGCUCUUUGUUUUUUUUUUUUAAAAAAAGAUGUUUUCUGCUUUUCACUUCAGCUGAUUGUUGGAGAUGAGUGGGUAACAGGGGAAAUGGCUUCAACCUUUCUUAUGUUUUCGUUGAGAAGGGCUAAAGGGAAGAUGCUACCUGUAAAACUGAGCACAACUAAAACAAAUAAAAAUGGUGUCACAUAUUUUUUCUUGCCCAUACAGCUGAUGUUGCCAAAAGGGAUGGUGAGAGCCUCCAUGAACAAAGUUCUCCUGAGACUUUGUUUUCUUGUUGAAGCUAUGAGUGAAAAAAUACAUAUAGUUAAAUAUCCAAAACAAACCUGUUCUUUCUCCAGCUUGCUUCCUACCCCAUCAUACUGCAGGCCUGGAUUCUGAGGAAAUUAAGCCUCUAAAAAGCAUGCUGCAGCUGGUCGUUUGAAGGUAAGCUGCAGUUAAUCAGUCAGUGAGCUCUCAGUAAUCUGUAUCUGAUUUGGAAUGGCUAACAGUGUCAGUGCCUACACACAGGUAGGUGUUGGUGUUCUCUUACCAGCAUGGACUGAAAUACCACGUCGUAUAAACUUUGCCUAAGAUCAAGAAAUGAGUGUUCCCAGAUGCUGUCAGGCUUUAAGGGGUGUUUAUGAAAUCCUGGAAACAGUGGUAGUAGUAACUAAUUGCAUCUGUUUGGCUGGUGGAAACUUCCUGUCAGACUGUAAGAGGCUCAAAAU